CCCCCCUCCCUUGAGGACUCCGGUUUCCUCCCGCGAAUCCCAGAAGAGUCUGGAGAGUUCUGGGAGGGGCGGCAGCCAGGGCGCUGAUUGGCCCCAGAAAGCCAGGGGGCAGGACGCGAGGCGAAACCUCUGGAAUAUUCCCGACCUGGCAGCCCCGCCGAACUCGGGGAUUGGCUGAGGAGGGAAAAGGGCGGGGCUUGAGGAAAAAAAUAUAAACACAGAGCCGCCCCCAGGGAAGCAGCGAGCCCGGGAAGAGCUGCCAAGACUUCCUCUGCGGUCUGUGAGCGCAGCCUUGGCAGAUCCGCUGCCUCCGAGGACCACCGCGGGCAGAAGCGGCAGAAGCGGCGCGUUCGGUUUCCGGCUUCAGAGCUCUCGUCUGGGAUCCCGGUUUCGGGUCUAGAGGCUGUUUGCGGAGCGAGCGGAGAGAGCAGGCCAGCGACAUGGCGAAGAGCGUGGCCAUCGGCAUCGACCUGGGCACCACGUACUCGUGCGUGGGGGUGUUCCAGCACGGCAAGGUGGAGAUCAUCGCCAACGACCAGGGCAACCGCACCACCCCCAGCUACGUGGCCUUCACGGACACCGAGCGGCUGAUCGGCGACGCGGCCAAGAACCAGGUGGCGCUGAACCCGCAGAACACGGUGUUUGACGCGAAGCGGCUGAUCGGGCGCAAGUUCGGCGACCCGGUGGUGCAGGCGGACAUGAAGCACUGGCCCUUCCGGGUGAUCAACGACGGGGACAAGCCCAAGGUGCAGGUGAGCUACAAGGGGGAGACCAAGGCGUUCUACCCGGAGGAGAUCUCGUCGAUGGUGCUGACCAAGAUGAAGGAGAUCGCCGAGGCGUACCUGGGCCACCCGGUGAGCAACGCGGUGAUCACGGUGCCGGCCUACUUCAACGACUCGCAGCGGCAGGCCACCAAGGAUGCGGGGGUGAUCGCGGGGCUGAACGUGCUGCGGAUCAUCAACGAGCCCACGGCGGCGGCCAUCGCCUACGGCCUGGACAGGACGGGCAAGGGGGAGCGCAACGUGCUGAUCUUCGACCUGGGCGGGGGCACGUUCGACGUGUCCAUCCUGACGAUCGACGACGGCAUCUUCGAGGUGAAGGCCACGGCGGGGGACACGCACCUGGGCGGCGAGGACUUCGACAACAGGCUGGUGAACCACUUUGUGGAGGAGUUCAAGAGGAAGCACAAGAAGGACAUCAGCCAGAACAAGCGGGCGGUGAGGCGGCUGCGCACGGCCUGCGAGCGGGCCAAGAGGACCCUGUCGUCCAGCACGCAGGCCAGCCUGGAGAUCGACUCCCUGUUCGAGGGCAUCGACUUCUACACGUCCAUCACCCGGGCGCGCUUCGAGGAGCUGUGCUCGGACCUGUUCCGCAGCACCCUGGAGCCGGUGGAGAAGGCUCUGCGCGACGCGAAGCUGGACAAGGCCCAGAUCCACGACCUGGUGCUGGUGGGGGGCUCGACACGCAUCCCCAAGGUGCAGAAGCUGCUGCAGGACUUCUUCAACGGGCGCGACCUCAACAAGAGCAUCAACCCGGACGAGGCGGUGGCGUAUGGGGCGGCGGUGCAGGCGGCCAUCCUGAUGGGCGACAAGUCGGAGAACGUGCAGGACCUGCUGCUGCUGGACGUGGCCCCGCUGUCGCUGGGGCUGGAGACGGCCGGCGGCGUGAUGACGGCGCUGAUCAAGCGCAACUCCACCAUCCCCACCAAGCAGACGCAGAUCUUCACCACGUACUCGGACAACCAGCCGGGCGUGCUGAUCCAGGUGUACGAGGGCGAGAGGGCCAUGACGCGGGACAACAACCUGCUGGGGCGCUUCGAGCUGAGCGGCAUCCCGCCGGCCCCGCGGGGGGUGCCCCAGAUCGAGGUGACCUUCGACAUCGACGCCAACGGCAUCCUGAACGUCACGGCCACGGACAAGAGCACGGGCAAGGCCAACAAGAUCACCAUCACCAACGACAAGGGCCGGCUGAGCAAGGAGGAGAUCGAGCGCAUGGUGCAGGAGGCGGAGAAGUACAAAGCGGAGGACGAGAUCCAGCGCGAGAGGGUGUCGGCCAAGAACGCGCUGGAGUCGUACGCCUUCAACAUGAAGAGCGCCGUGGAGGAUGAGGGGCUCAAGGGCAAGAUCAGCGAGGCGGACAAGAAGAAGGUGCUGGACAAGUGUCAGGAGGUGAUUUCCUGGCUGGACGCCAACACGCUGGCCGAGAAGGACGAGUUUGAGCACAAGAGGAAGGAGCUGGAGCAGGUGUGUAACCCCAUCAUCAGCGGACUGUACCAGGGGGCGGGUGGCCCCGGGGCUGGCGGCUUUGGGGCUCAGGCCCCCAAAGGGGGCUCUGGGUCUGGCCCCACCAUCGAGGAGGUGGAUUAGAGGCCUUAGUUUCCUUUCUCUCUAUUCCUCUUUGAGACCCAAGGACUUUGACAUUGUCCUGUAUUUUAGUUCUGUUCUGUAUCACCUCAUUCUAAGGUUAGCUUGCAAUCGCAUAAUUGACUUGUUAUAUCUUUGUGUUAUAACCAGCGUGGUCUUGAGAAUUAUUUGCCUUUCAUGUAAGUUAGUACUGUAAGGGUGGCUUUUGGUCGCCCCCCACCCAGUGAAUCAACACUGCCACCUUCUGUUUUUUGCUUUGUAAACACACGAAAAGUUAAGGAAUUAAAAACUUUUUUUUUGUAUACUUAAGGAAUAAAUACAAAAUGUUAAA